GAAAUCAAAUAACCAGAAAAGAAAAAGAAAAUAAAGGAAAAAGGAAAGGAAAUUAGUGUGAGAUCUUCUUCAAGCUCUCCUCAUUGAUCUGACUGAUUCCCUCUCAAACGCUGUUCAGAGUAACAAGUGAGCAUUGAUUUUACAUGAUAAUGCCCUCGCUAACAUCACUAAUUCUUUCCUCAAACAAUCUUGUUUUCCACACAAUAUUUGCACUCUCCCUCACAUUCUUCGUCUCCAUCCUCAAGAUCCCAGCUUUAUUUCUCCAUGGCCUCCAGACUUACAUUCAUCCAGAUGAUGUUAAUCCUGGUGGGAAUUCGUCCGGAGUCCGAGCUGCUAUUAGAAGGCCAGGCGCAAUGGAUUCUGAACAACCGAAGCCCAGAAAGAAAUCUAAGGAAAGAUUUGAGUUUGAUGAGAGUAAAGCUCAGAUCUUUAGACUCAAACUCAGCGAAGGUCACCUCCAAUCAAGAAUUUAUUUCAAGGAGUUUUAUGGUGCUUUCAAUUUCACUCUUAUUGCCUUGUUGUCUUUGUUGCUUCAUAGAUUCUUGAGGGUGGAUAAAGAUUCCGGGAUUGUGAGAAACGGGACUAUAAUUCCGCUUUUGUUGGGGUUGGUGGCCGUUUGUAGAGCCUUCUUCUUGAUUGCUAGGGUUGGACUUGAAAGGUCUGCAUCGAAGAGGUUGGAGAGGCAGUUGAGUUUUGUGUGGGGGGUUUUGGGGUUUGUUUUAGGUCUGACUGCUGUUUUUGAGGUUGUUCCUAAAUGGGUUCUUGAUUUUAGCUUUGAAUCAUUGGAUGGUUUGGGUAAGUUGUUGCUUGCUGUUAUCAUGGGCUGUAUCGUUGGUUGUCUUUAUAUUCCAGCAUUGAGAAAUGCUCGGGCUUUUUGGCUUGGAACCGAUCAGAUUCGUUGUAAUUUGUCCAUAAUUUCAUGUGGAUGGUUCUCAAGAAUGCUUCUAUAUGCGACUUACAUAACUGCUGUGAUUACCUCAUUGCUUUGGAUAACCCCAUUUGCUGAGUUCCUUGUUAACAAGAAAGCUGACGGUAAAAAUGGAUUGCAUAUGGCUGGUAAGAGGGGAGAAGUCCUUGAAUUGGUUGGAUACAUUGGCAUGUCAAGAUCCAAUUUUGAUAACUUGAGGGUUUGGUGUUUGUUGAUUACGGGACUCUUGCAACUUUUGGCCGUUCGCGCUAAUGCACAAAUGUUCUUAAAUGAAGCCGUGUUGUGUUGGUACCAGAGAUUGCACGCCAGCAAGGUUCCUGACUUGGAUUAUAGCAGGGCAAAAGUUUUUCUUCACAAUCACUAUAUAUGUGCAGUGGUUGUGCAGUUCUUCGUGCCUGCAGCAGUGGUACUUCUUCUCCUCAGCUUGUCACAAUUUGAUGAUACUUUACUUAAAGUUAUCCCAGGGGUACGCAAUUUUUUGCCUGCCUGCGCUUUGGUGAAAGAAGUUGCAUUGUUUCUGGCUUGGUGGAUUGUCUUUGUUUGGUCUGUACUCAAUUCAGCCAUACUUAGUUUGUUUCGCCGUGGAACUUUAUAUGUUUCCUGACUAUAGCAUUCAUAAUUUCCAUACACACCAAUGCUGCCACAGAUUUUGAUCAUGUUAAGUUUUGUAGUUUGUACUGAUUAGUCAGUGUGAUUCUGUAAAAGCUUCUUAUUAUAUUGCACUCACAGUUUUAUAAGAAUUUUGACAUUCUUCUUCCAAGCGUUGUUGUACUUGCAUAUUUCACUUGAAAAUGAAGUGGGAAAUUAAUUUCGUCCCAAA